GUCUUGCCUGCGGUGACCGCAGCCGACCUUACACGUGACGGGCGGGUGCCCACGCCUCCUCCGGGUCCCUCGCGGGGCAGACUAAUAAAUAAAUCAUGCAGCACGAACCCUGCCGCCGCCGCCCGCCACCACCACCACCACUUUUUUAAACCGCUAGAUCUCACCUAACUUAAUUUCACAAGAUCAAGGUAUUGAACUCGCUUCUCUCUGCGCCGAUAGUUCGCGAUCGAUGUCCGUCGCCGCCCACUCCAACGGACGCAGACAGGUGGGGAGGGUGGCGGUGGCGGUGGUGGCGCUGGGCGUUACAGGUCUGCUGUCUCUCUUCCUCUCCGCCUCAUCCAACCUACAACGGAGGCUGCUGUGCUGCCACCAGGCCUACUUCUUCUCUGCGGUCUCCUCUUCCAUCACGACGACCACCACCGCCGAGGACCGUCAUCCUCUUCCCCUAUUUCACAGCCAAGGAGGAGGGGGACGGCGGAUGGGGGAGAACAUCAUCAAGAACGAGACCACCACGACCUCCUUCGGUUGGAAGAUAGUGAAGGAGGAGUUCACCUUCGCCGCGGGCACUGCCCCUUUCAAUAGCUGCCAUGCUUCCACCAUAGUCCAGGUUGACGAGGAUGACUUCUUGGUGGCUUACUUUGGGGGCACGCUGGAAGGGGCUCCAGAUGUCAAGAUUUGGCUGCAGAGAUACACGGAUGGAGGUUGGCAUCCUCCAUCAGUUGUGGAUGAAGAAUUCGAGGUGCCCAUGUGGAACCCUGUUUUGUUUCGGCUUCCCUCGAGCGAGCUGCUCCUUUUCUACAAAAUUGGCCAGGAUGUUCAAAAAUGGAGUGGUUGCAUGAAGCGCUCGCUUGAUAGCGGCAUUACUUGGUCGGACAGAGAACAGCUUCCACCUGGAAUUCUUGGCCCGAUAAAGAACAAGCCUAUCUUGCUGGAUGAUGGUCGCUUGCUCUGUGGAUCCUCUGUGGAAAGUUGGAACUCUUGGGGAGCUUGGUUGGAGGUUGCGACCGAUGGUGGCCGGUCGUGGAAGAAAUAUGGACCUAUCUACGUUGAAGAUGAAACCCUCAGUGUGAUUCAACCUGUCCCAUACCAGACUGCCAAGGGGACUCUGCGCAUGCUGUUGCGAUCGUUUGAAACCAUAGGCAAGAUUUGUAUGUCGGAAUCGGUUGAUGGGGGCUUGACAUGGAGCUCUGCAACACCUACAGAACUUCCUAAUCCAAAUUCAGGCAUUGACGGAGUUAAGCUGAAGGAUGGGCGACUCUUACUAGUAUAUAAUACAAUUUCGAGAGGGGUGCUCAAGGUUGCGUUCUCCAUGGAUGAUGGUGAUACCUGGGAUGAAAUAAUGACACUGGAGGAGAAUAUGGGAAUGGAAUUUUCAUAUCCAGCGGUGAUCCAGAGCACAGAUGACCUCAUACAUGUCACUUACACCUACAAUAGGACACAGAUCAAGCAUGUCAUCCUCCAGCCCAGUGAUAUUGUGGGGAUGUGAGUGAGAGAACUAUGUGCUUUAUUCAUCUUUAGAAGUUGUAAACUCUAUCUAUGUAUUAUCAUACAUUGACUGUUACUAUGUUUUGACAACAUGAAGCACCCAGGCUGAAUUCCAUCAGAACUUCCCCUAAAUAUUGAUAGCAGUUAGAUCAAAUGCUAAGGAUGGUAAUUUUAAGCUAUGUACAUGAGAGCUAUUCGCAUCAGAAUACUGCAGGGCCUCCCUCAGAUUCUCGAAGGCUUUCUCAUAUGAUACAGAACCAAUGUACCAGAAUUCAUGGUUGCUCAUGGCCAUAAUCUGAAUAUCUCUUUUGGUACAGUUCUCGACAUUAGCUGCAGAAUUAACUGCUGUCAGCUGAACUAGUCCCAGAACAACCAUCGUGUGUAUGUACUACUAGAACUCAAAAUAAGGCAAGCAGCUGAGGAGAAAAGGGUGCAAAGAUGAGGCUAUACACCGUGGACAGAGGAAAUUUGUUUGAGGAGAAAUUAAGAUGCAAGCGACAGAUGGUCAUGUUUUAAGGGCAGACAGUUUCACAAAUUUAUAUAGAAGGCAUGGAAUGUGUUGUGCAUGUUGGUUUGGGAGGGGUUUUGAGCUGUACACUGAACAAAAGUAAUGUAUUUUGCAAAGACAGCCUAUUUUAGUCAUCUUCAGUUCUCAUUCUCAGUUGUUUCUACUCUUCAAUUUCUAAAAGAGACAUCCUUAUGUAUCAAAAGCUAUGGCACACGAACACGUAUUUCUU